AUGCAGAUCAAGGUAUUCGCUCUUCUGGCUGCACUUUGCGCAACUGCUACUUGUAUUCCUAACCAACGCCGCGGGAUGCAGCUCAUGACCCGUAACUAUGACGAUGACAAGGAGAAAUGCGUCGAGCAUAAAUACGAUUGGGAUGAUAACGAGAAAUGCUGCUACGAUCACCAGCACCACAAAUGGGAUUGGGAUGAUUGGAAAGACAAGAAGGACAAAUGCGGCAAGAUGUCCUAUGACUGGGAUGACAACCAGAAGUGCUGCUUUGAUCAAGAGCAUCGAAAGUGGGAUUACCACCACAAGGACGUCGACCACAAGCAGAAAUGCCAAAACAAGUGGUACGACUGGGAUGAUAACGAAAAAUGCUGCUACGAUAAGCACCACAAGAAGUGGGAUUAUGAUGACGAUAGCGAUGACCGCCACAAGAGCAAAUGUCACGAUAUCGGAUACGAUUGGGAUGAUGGGCAGAAAUGCUGCUUCGAUCAUGAACAUCGGAGGUGGGAUUAUGAUGACAAGGACACGGAACACAAGCAUAAGUGCGAUAAUAAGGGGUAUCGGUGGGGCGAUGAUAAUAAGUGCUGCUAUGAUCAUGAUAACAAGAAGUGGCAUUACCAGUGAUGAAGGGGAAAGCUGACUUCGGCUCCGGGAAAUUGGGUCGGAAAAACAAGGAUUCGGGAGUGGUUGGGCAUUGGACACAAAACGC